AAAAAAAAGUAUUUGGUUAACACAGAUGUGAACAUAGUACUACAUUUACUUAAAUAACACAUGUACUUUCAUGGUUUUUAUUUUUCACCGAAGUCUGCAUGUGCCACUGUAGUAUUAAAACAACGUCAUAUGAAUAAGAAGGGAUGGCGGCGGAAAUAUUGAAUGAAGUUUUAGCCGGGAAUGUUGUUGUGGAGGAUGUCAUUGCCUGGUUGACAUUAAGAGACUGUAGUGGACAAUGGUCAUCGACGCUGCAAGAGACAAAAUGCACGAGAGGAGCAUUUAUUCUGCACUAUCUAAAUUAUUUGAGGGAAGAGACAUCGAGUGCUCUUAAACCAUCUCCUUCUGCAACAACUCCUCUAAAACCAACAAAGGCUAGAGCUCAAAAUGGAAAUUUUAGUUCCAGCUCAGUUUUAAGACGGAACAGUGAGAAUAAAGUCUCAAGACCUAAGAAAGUAGAGUUGUUUCCAUGCAACUUGCAAUCAAGACAUACUUGUGAAGUGAUCAAAAAUGAUAAGCUCAACAACAUAGGGAAUCGUGCAUCUGAAGAGACAACCGUAUGUAAUUGUCAUAGUGCACGGAAACAAAAUUCUGGACAAAAGCUUUUAGAAGACGAGUUGAGAACCAAAACUUGUCUCCUAGAGAACAUAGAUAGUCCAAAAUCUGAAACAAAAAAGAAGGUAGCUCUGACGAAAGUUGAUCCAUCAACUCCAAAAAAUAGAUGCUCACAAAUUUUUAGUCCAACUGAUAGUCCAGAACAUACACGGUCUAUUUUUAGCUCUGUGUCACCCUUGUCCAGGAGUUCAUCAGAUCCUGCUUCACCAUCUCAUCACUGGGAAAAAAUUCAAUUCACUGGAAAAAUCAAUAAGCCAUGUAGUACUUUUAGUCUCAAUGACUUCAUUGUCAAGGAUAGUAGCAGGAGUUUGACCAAGAAGAGGGGCCAUAGGAAUCAAACUCAUGGUCAUGGGUUCUCCAAUAUCAACGAAGAAAAUGUGCAGCCAUCAAGGAGCCAGAAACGACGAAUAAAGCCUACAAGAUUAAUUACUAAUCAGAGUGAAAAACCAAAUGAUAAUCAGAAAGGAGGGGAUGAUGUCGGAGGCUUUGGAGUUAUCAAGCGACCCAUUGAACCUAGCACACCUUUCAGAGAAGUUCAAGUUUUAGAGAAGCCUCAGCCUUCCAGCACAAGUUUCCAACAAGAACGUGACCUGCUGCGGCAAGAAAGACAGAAGAAACAGGUGUCACUGAAGAACUGUGAUGAUGAUGGAGGGAGAGAAGAGUGUUUCCCUGCCUCGGUGUCACCACAGUCAGUGCAAAGGUUGAACCCUGUCCUUCCCCAACCAGAUCAAGUUACUUGCCAUGAACAGCUUCUUUCUAUGUCCACUCUGUAUAGCCAGUUGCUCAACUCUGGACUACUUCCAAAUGUCACUGCCGAGAUGCACUUCAUUACCUCACUGCUUGUUGCAGAGGAGAGAACAGGUGAAGAAAAGUGUGUUGGUUACUUUGGCACUGUGCACAAUUGUGUAUUUUUUGCAGUGUCGGUACUUGAUAAGUUGCGACUGGUUCUGGGACUUUUAGACUGCGCGACACUCCAGUUACUUGUUUCUAAUAAAGCAUUAGAACUAUUUUCACCUGAUCUUCAUCAGCAUUUGCAGAGGAAGUUACAGGAAAGAGACUUGGAGGAGAAACUGAAGACCCCAGAAAAUCUGCAAUCAUCAGUUGGCAAUGUCACUUAUCGGCCAGAUGAAGACAGCAGAGAUAACUUUCCCACUGAUCAGGCAUUCUAUGCCUUCCGGAAACAGCGUGAUGCAUUUUAUGAAAUGUGGCAGGUGUGGGAAGCUGAACACAACCAGCGUAACUGGUCAUUUAGUGUAGCUCUUGGAGCUAGGAUUCGAUCACUUCUCGCAUUGCACAGGGAUCCAUCAAAUUAUAUUCAUCUAGCACGUUUAUUUCGUUCACAGUUGCUCACCACGUGGCGAGUCCCAGAAACUGAUUGUGAAGAUGACGAGGUAGAUGAUAGCAUGUUAGCAAUGCUUAAGGAUGUCAAUCCAAAGAAAUAUGCUCUUCUCAAAGCUCGGUUAAUUGCACCAUCAAAGGGAUCUGGACCAUGUCCAGCACCUGUUUUUCCUGGGCACCAAGAAUUUUUUAAGAAUUUUGUAUUAGAAGCUUCACAUUCAGUUUUCAACAAACACCUCAGUGACAGUUUAGCACAUGAAAUACUCUCUCUCGACUGUACAGAUUUCAGUGCAUCUGAUGUUGGUGAUACAGAUACUUCUGUUGAUGAGAGUACCAAAAGAGAAUAUCAGAGAUGUUUGUGUACAUUGCGUCUGUUGGCAAAGUUCCUGGGAUUUGUUAAUUUUUUGCCAUAUCACACUGUUGACAAUGUACCUGAGAAGAUACACAUUUUGCACAGCUCCAUCAGAAGUAAGAUACCACCUCCAUUUGAUGUACUGUCUUCACUCCAAGCAGCAGUUAAUUCACACCGUAUGGUUCUUACAGUUCCAUGGAUUGUCAAGUAUCUUGCAAUGCUGGACACAGUCUCAUUACGUCUUCCUUAUUAUGUGUCAGUACUGCGGCUUCUGUUCACGGUACACAGGCACCAUCUCUCAGAUCUACCGAAUCACUCAGCCCUCUUAUUGCGUCUGUGCCUCGGUUGGCUGUUUGAUCAGCCCAACUUCCCAGAGGGGCUGUACUUUUCUUGGCUCUCACAACAGGAAAGAGAAGGUGUUCCUGAGGAGUCAGUCACCACAUCUUCACCGCUAGACCUUUUACAUUUGGUGGAUGAAGAAUGUGUUUAUAUGUGUUGUCCUUUUUGGGGUGUGCUGAGGGCAACACUGGCUGAAGAUCCACACUCUCGUAGCCACAGAUCUCUCAGGCACAUAACACCUGUCUCUGCUGAUCUCGGUCGACAGAUGCAGCCCACAUCAACAAAACAGCUUGAGUUGCUUCUGGAGGAAAACUUUUUCCAUGGUCAUCCAGCAUCAAUGAGGAAGACUGUAGAGUUUGUUGCAGAACGAGUUGCAUCAGCUUUCGUUAAACAUAUCUGCAAUCAGUUACUGCCACAACAGAAAAAGAAAGAUGCUGACAAAAUAAGGAAAUUAAUAACUGAGAGUGAAAAUGAUAGCAAUUCAAUAAAUUCACCAAAAACACCAAAGGAAAGGGCAACUGGUGGAAUAGAACAGAUUGCAAGACUAGGUAGUGAGUCAUUGGUGAAGCAGGCCAUUCAGGAAAUGGAGUCAUUUUGCUUAGCUCGCAUAACACCUUCUUUGUCGUCCUUACUAUCUGAAGAUGUAACACACCAAGUAGUGGAGGCAUGUGCUGGAAUUUCACUACGUCUUUGUAAGGAACGUGUUUCAAACUGGGUUCAUCUUCACAUAACACCAGAUCUGUUCCUCAAGGACUACCGAAUGGAUGUGAACAAGGCUUUUAGGACCCCAGGCAGAACAGACAUUAGCAAAGCAUCUCACCUGGCAUCAGCAGAAAUUCGAAAAGUGUCUCAUAAUGACACUACUGCGGCACCUCGUUUUAUAAUCAACUGGCUACGGGAAAUAAUGUGGCGAUUGCUGACUGACCAUUUGGAACAUGUAUCUGCAUCAGAGGUACUUGCCUUAAUUAGUGAAACAGAGAUGAUGCUUGGCAGUCGAGAAGAUAUCAUCAGUUCAGCUGAAAGAAUUAUCCACACACUAAUAUUAGACUUAAUUCUGCUUCUAGUUGCUCACCAGCCCAAAGAAGUGACAAGAGAGCUGAUAGAAGGUUCUUUGAGGCUCUUGAAAACACCACAGUUAGCCACAGCAUUAGAAGAGGGCCGGCUGGAGCGAAUCCUCAGCCCACGAAAUGUGGCAGUAAUGGACCAAUCAAGAGAUCCAGCCAGAUCGUGGGACCACCUUGCAUUACUGUUGAACACAUUACUGCGAGAACAGCUUAUGACGCCAGAGCAACUUGAGGAUCAGUGUGUUGCCCUUUUGAGGAAUUCAUGGCCACAGGUAACUUUGGACAGAUUUUCUACGUGCAUUAAACAUGUCAUUGAGACAUAUCGCAAGGAGAAUAAGGAUAAGUAUGAUGACUUUGUGAUGCUUAUGGAAUUAGUUUCUGAAUUAUGUGAUGACAUGGAACAGUUUGAUGAUUUUUAGAUUCAGCAGUUUGUUUGUAUUUAUGUAUUUAUUUAUUUAUUUAUCUGUAUAGACUCUUGUUUAGGAGUACAAAAUUUACCCAUUUAUUUUUUAUGAAUAUGACAAAUAUGGAAGGCAUUUUAUGUAUUACAAAUGGUUACAGGAUUGUAUUGCAUUUAUAUAAUAAUUAUAUUUUUUGUAUAUA